AUGGCAGGAAAAGUGAAAAUGGAUUUAGUGCAUCAAAACGCAAUUCACGUUGAGACGAUCCGGAAAGAGCAAAGACACCAGAAACUCCACACGGAGUUCAGCAUCAACCCACACAGGAAAUUACAUUUCCUGACAGACAAACCCAUGUCUAGGAAAACAACAGAAGUGAUUGCAGAGAACUCGGACUUCAUCAAGGCCUUCCACAAGGCCCGCCAGGAACCCACCAAGAAGUAUGCGAUGCCACAGACUGAGAGUCACGAGAUAGGAUGGGUGUCAACUCCGCUGAUCCCAUCAACCCGCAUUGACAAGCGAUACAAUUUCUUCAGAUUCAGCACGGACAUCACCAGACACAAGGAAUCUGCCCUGCGUUCUUCAAAUUAGACACAAGACAGCAAUAAUGUAAAUCUGUAAAAACAAUGAG